AUGUUUGAACCACCUGCAGGCUCAAUGUGGUUGUCGGUCUGGCUGGAUCAUUAUCGUGAGCAUACAUUCAAUACAUCCCGUGUCGUAUCCGAACGUUUUUCAGAAGUACUCACAUCUCGAUUUGCUACAGCUUGGCAAGGAACUUUCCAUGUGGACACCCCCCAAGCACUUUACUCAAGAACUGGUCGACAAUGGGGAGCUUUAUCCAUGAGUCAAAACAUACCAGUGUUCAGCGAGCUAACCAAUGACCCUGGUGUAAAUGAUACCAUGGACUAUUCCUUAGUCGACGCAGUAAACAGCGAUGCACUACUGUUGAUCAGCAUAUAUCCUUACACUUUCCCCGCGGGAACAUCAUGGACGGCAAUCUUGGACUCUGAUAUACAAGCCCUCGUCGACCAAUGCGCCUCUUACAAUAAGAAGGGGCGAAGAGUGAUUCUCAGAUUUGCGCCAGAAAUGAAUGGGAACUGGUAUCCUUGGGCACUGCAACCAACGGCCUUCAUUGCUACCUUCAGAAAGCUCGCAUUGCUGAUACAAGCGCAAGCUCCACUUACAGCCAUGUUAUGGAGUCCAAUGGUAUCUGAAAAUGGUGGUUAUGUCCCGACGUCCUCGACAGGCACCAUGAGCGCCGCAGACUUGGCGCUUCUCGACACGAACAAGAAUGGGGUUGUUGAUAGUGGUGAUAAUCCAUACACGCCAUUCUGGCCUGGUACUGAUGUUGUAGAUUGGGUUGGAGCCAGCAUGUACGAUUUCGGGCCGUACGACAACAGUUUGAGCACAUAUGUGACAAACAGUCUGCCACCGUCGAAUUUCUUCGAGGCGAGACUGACGGGAGGACUUGUGAACUUUUAUGACUAUGUUGUCAGUUUGGGGAAGCCAUUGUCUAUUACGGAACUUGGAAAACCAUUCUACCUCGACUACUUUGCUAAUGGAUACAACGGGGCUGCUACACCAAUUGAUGCCGGUCCAGGAAAUCUGGCAAUGAAACAAGCAUUUUGGUCUCAAGCAAUCACGAACAAGACAAUGCUUGACAAAUACCCAAACAUCAAAUUCAUUGGGCUCUUCGAGUUCCGCAAAUACGAACUCGAAACUCUCCGUGACUUUCAAUUUUUGAAUGAUACCACUAAUGGCGGAACUGUAAUGAAGGCUUUCUUGGCCGAUAUUGAUGCUAGUGGCGUGAAUAUAAUAUGGGCGAACUCUACGAACGGGACGACAACAGCACCUCCAACAGCAACCACGACUAAAUCCAUACUCACCGUAACUCAAGCCCCUUCAAGCUCAUUCUCUGAGAGACAGGCUGAACUUAAUGCGUUCGGUUUCCUUGUCUCUGUUUGUGUUAUCGUAAUUGCUGGACUUUUCUGA